AUGGCGGACGGGGAGGAUGGAGCCCUGGGACCGUCACAACUCCACCGACGUUUGAAGGUGGGAUGGGUGGGGGCGGAGUUUGAUGAUGUCCUUCGAAGCAGCAUGCAGAACCGCUUGAAACACCUGCGGGAAGAAGUGGAGGCCUUGUGCAACUCACUGCAGGUAGAGGCGAUUCCCAACGGUGUGGAACACCACGCCGCGGUCGCGGUCGCUCCCGCGGGGGACACCGAGGCCAUCGAGGGGCCCGACACCAAGGCGUUGUGUCAUGGCGUAGCUCGAGCCCUGCGAAGGGCCAAGAGGUGUGUGGAGGCGCCCAUCAAGAGCUAUGGCCCUUCGGACAAGCAGAUCAACCGCGCUGACCCGCCCGAGAAGGACGAGGGCUUGGUGAUGGAGGGGACCACUUUGCGCUCGACCCUCUCCAGUCUCGAUCAAUCCUUAGCCUCCCGCAGUAAACAGAUCAAUCACCUGGAAGAGCAGCUGAAGGUUUGUGAAGAGGCAAAGGAGGAGAAGGAAGUCUUAGCCAAGGUGGCCCAAGCAAAGUUGGAAGAGAUGAUCUCGAAUCCCAACAAGUUGCUGGAGAUUUGCAAAUUUCACCUCUCGAAGAGGAAAGAGAGGGUCGAACGGAUGGCCAAAGACACCAUUCAGCAGAAGGAGCAAGCCAAGUUCUAUCAGCAGAUCGCGCGUCAGCAGCGGGCCUUCUACCUCCAAAGCGAACGCAUCGCCGCUGCCGGCGGCCGGCGCUUUGUCUCGCGCCACAAGGCGGGGGAGAUUGCGCUGGUGCAUCAACCGCAGACCUUAGCACCUCGAUGCCGCUGGGAGGAAGACGACUGCGCGGAGAUGUUCGAUGUGGGAACCGCAGUGGCGAAUCCCUACGUUUGCGAUUCCUGGCCCUUUGAGCCCAACGUCUUGGCCAAGCGGACUCCCCAGGAAUCCUCCAUGCCCAGCUUUGAGGAAGAGACUGAGGAAGAGCUUAGGGAAGCCGAUCGGGGCUUGAGGACCAACCCCUUCCGUGCUGCGGGUCUGCGCGCCUUCCCCUCUUCGGACGAAGAGGACGACGUGCCCGGCACGGCGCGCAGCUUGUGA